CCUGUAGCAGAAUGUGCGACAGGGUCACAGCUACCCACGGGAUGCAUUCGGGCGGUGUCCACGAGGUGUGCGGGCUUGUCGCUCUUCACGUGAAGAUGCAGCAGCUACCGUUUAAAGGCCCAUUUAAAGGCCCGUUUAAAGGCCCGUUUAAAGGCCGCCUUUCUGGAGUGAGACUUGUUUACCUUGUAGCCCACAUACUUGGUUUUCUUACAGCCUAAUGAACAGUCAGCAUCGCUUCCUUCCCGGGACGUGUGUUCUAAAAGUUCGUGCGUGGGUGGGCGCGCAUCUGCCUGCAGCAAGAAGUCUUUCCCGUGGGCGUAGGCGGCAUUCCCAGGCUGACGCUGGUUUCGGAGUCUAGUAAAUCCGGUUCGAGCUGUAUAGCUUUUCCUGACCGUCCCAGAGAAGCCCGGCUUUGCUUGUCAUUAAGCCAAUCGCUUUACAGGUUGGAUUAAUCAUCAUCCUCAGGCAAAACCCAGCUAUCGCCACUCCACGUCAUCAACAUGUUCUGGUUUUUAACCCAGAGAGACCGUCUAUCCAGCAAGAACCCGAGUCUUAUUCUUGUGAGCCGGACAUGUUAAUCUGCAUAACUAAAGGAAGCCAGGUGGCCAACGGCGCCCCUUCCACCAGCGCCGGCUCACUCGACAAUAACAGAUUGUAUAUAAACUGGUUUCCAUGGUUUAUCUGUCCGCUUUGCAGGUGGCUGAGGAGAUGCGGUUUGUCUCUUUGCUUGUUAAGGAGUGAGAGGAGCCACAUUUACCCCCAACACAUUAUAGACAAGGGCUUUAUAAAUAUCAGGCUCUUUGUCUAAGAAGGGGAGGUCGGUCCUGACAGGUUGAGAAAUGACGACCUUCACUUGGCUAGCUUGCCUGCCCUUUAUGUUACCCUUUGUUUCUCCUGCAAGAAACAUUUCCCUCAAGUGCAAGCGAGAUACUGAGGAAUUCCUUUCUGAUCUGAAUUCACUGAAGCCCAAAGAAUACGCUCUGAGAAUGUAUGACUCGGUGGGGAAGCUGGGAAGCAGCGUUCUCAACGGCAACCUGGACCGGCUGGGGUCCCACAGCGAGUGCCUCUCCGCCCAGGGCCCCCGGGGGCGCUUCCGGGGCCAGUACUGCAAGCUUCACGUCCUGCAGGGUGCCGCAGACUACAGUGUGGGGGUGUGUGUCCCUGAUUCUUGUGCUGAAGAGGAUGUGACCAUGAUGUCUCAGCUGGAUAUUCUAAGGUUCAGAAAUACUUCAUUCUUGGCACCAUCCCUCUCCCUCUUUACAAGAAACUCGUCUUCCUCAUCUUUUGAAAGCGUGGCCAGAUGUGCUGCUGGCGUGUUGAGGCUGGACGCGCUUGCUUCUGUGUGUCUAUUUAUCACCUUGCUAGGCCUUGUCCUUCCUGUGGCUGGAACGGUUUACAUGAUGGCCAGGGACUGGGGCUUGGACCUUAGGACAUCGUCUGCACACGGGACACCUCCUACCGCUUGUGAGAGUCUUCCCUUAAGAAACAUGGAGAGCAAUGAGCAAAAAAGCAGGAGCCCACGGAGCAACUGCCACGUUCAGCCCUCUCCACCAGGACCCCUGAGCAGAGGAAAACGGUUUCUAGGAGCCUUGGAUGGAGUUCUGCAGUGCUUUUCUUGGCAGAAGAACAUGCCAGCCGUGUGCACCCCAGAGCUGCCUGGAGGCACCUGCCGGACACUGAACGGAAUCCGUGUCCUGAGUCUCCUCUGGAUCAUCUCGGGACACACCAGUCAGAUGACCGCUUGGCUGUCUUUGGAUAAUGUGCUUGAAUGGAAAGCCAGGGUACCCGAAAACCCACUGUACCUCUACUCUCGGAGUGGCCCAUUCUAUCUCGGGGUGGAUACAUUCUUCCUGAUCAGUGGUUGGCUAAGUGCAAGGUCAUUUCUAAAGAUGCACCAGAACACCAGCGCGGGAAUAAACCCUAAAGUCAUUCUCAGAUAUAUUCUCAAAAGGUUUACAAGGUUGCAGCUUCUCCACCUGUACUCGGUGUGCUUGCUGGUUGGACUCUUCUCGCUUGUUCCCUGGGGACCUGUCUGGGAAGUGCCUCAGUUCCACUGGGAUAACUGCCGGCGAGCCUGGUGGACGAAUCUGCUGCUGCUCAAUAACUUCGUGUCUGUUCACAAUGCCUGCAACGGGUGGACUUGGUACCUCGCCAGCGACUUCCAGUUCCACCUCAUGACGCCGCUGAUCUUCUUCGUCCAUGGAAAAAGUAAAAGUGUCCUUGCCCUCCUCGGGGCUCUGCUGUUCCUGGCAUCUUUCACUGCCACUGCUCUGCUCACACUGGCUUAUAAACUUCCGGUGGCAUCUCCAUCAGCAGCCAGCGAAAAUGAGACUGUGCUGUAUUUCUCAGAGUAUUACACCAAGCCUUACUGUCGGUGCGGCCCAUUCCUUGUGGGCCUCUUCCUGAGCAUGUUCAUGCAUUCAGACCGCCUGACAAACAUUCUCAAAACUACGCUGCAGGCCAUGCUGGGCUGGACUUUCUCCCUUCUGAGCCUGUUUGCAGUUGUCGCCCUGGCAUAUAUGAUGGAUGAUGCCUCUCCAACUUCUUCUGUGCCUGCUGCCAUCUACCAGGCCCUCCAUCGGACCCUGUGGGCCACGGCUGUGGGCUGGGUCAUCUUUGCCUGUCAGGAAGGCUAUGGAGGCCCGGUGAAGCGUGUGCUUUCUUGGGGCGUCUGGAGUCUCCCAGCUAGCAUCAGCUAUGCUUGCUACCUCGUACAUCCCAUUGUGAUCAUUCUCUACAACGGACUGCAGGAGACCCUUAUUCAUUACACCGACACCAACAUGUUCUAUCUCUUCUCUGGACACUGUGUGCUGACCUUCUUCUGUGGGCUGGCCCUGACCCUGUUCAUCGAGCGGCCUUGGCAGGAACUGAAGUGGGGCCUGUGGGGACCAGUGCCUGAUGGGCCAUGAGCAGUCCGACUGAAACCCAAGAGAACCAUGGGCCCGCUGGUGGUGGCAAGCAGAGGAAGGGCCUCCUUUGGCAUGUGGUGAAUGCUUGUGGUCCUUAAAAGGAAUCUGACUUUGUAAACAUUUACUGUGUACAGAUAAUCUGAGUUCACCAUAAAAAGCAACUCUAUGAUGAGUUUUUUGUAUUUGUACAACAGUCUCUGUCUCUGUCUCUCUCUGCUUGGAUUUGAUUUUCUGUAUUGGUGACCAUAGUGUUAAAGUACGAAAGAGAGGCCAGGCCCCAAAGCAUUAAAAAGGAAGCAGCUGUCAUAGUCUUCCUCCUACACGACCUUAGCUUUGCGUGGUUUGAAAACAUAAGUAAAAUGUAUAUAAGCUGAACUAUGCAUGCAUUUUCAUAUUGCAGAAAAACAAAACUUAAACUCAACCAAUCAGAAGUGGCCCCCCAAAAAACCCUUACAUAACCAGGGACUCUCCAAUGGGAAGAGACCAAAUAAACAUCUGUGGAACUGUUUAAACAUUGGCUUGGCAUCCUCGUGGGUUAGUUCUUGGUGGCCUCCCUGAUGAGCUAGUUUUCAUGUGAAGUGCUUGGGCCACACUGGUAUUGGAGCUGCCCAGGUGCUUGUUCAAAUACGCUCUAAAACUUGGUUGUGCCUCAGUUUACGUUUUAGC